AUGGCAUGUUUUGAUGGUGUUAUGAGGCCAUCGGUUCGACGACCACUGUAUUACUCUUCAUAUAUUUUGCUUUGCACAAACCAAAAUAUCUCCGGGAAAAAUUAUUACGAUAUUUUGGGAGUGAAACGCGGUGCAUCAAUUGCUGAAAUUAAAAGCGCUUUUUAUAAAUUAUCAAAAAAGUAUCACCCAGAUGCUCUGAUGAAAUCACGGGAUCCGACGAUUUAUCUGGAGAUCAAAGAUGCAUAUGAGGUGUUGAAAGAUAAGAAAAAACGACGGGAUUAUGAUUUAGGACUUAUCAAUACAUCCAGUUCCCAUCGGACAUACGCGAGAUACAAUGAAGCUACUGGUGAAAGCCAUAAAAAAUGCAGUUCAUCAAACUUUUACGCGAGAACACCGCAGUAUGAUAAUGAUAAGUGGUAUGAGUGGUAUCGAAAGCGACGUAUGGAUGAAAUGGAAACGCGUUGGAUUCAAAAAAAUACUGGAGACUACUGGACGAAAACUAUGUUGGCUUUUUCCGUAAUAUCUUUUAUAUUUUCGAUGAUUAUACGUAUAAGAACUGAGCAAUUUCGACGAAAAGAAUGGAUUGAAUACAUGAUGCAAAGAAAUAACGCAGAACAAAAUGAAAUUGAAAAAAAAAAGUGA